ACCCAGGCAACUUCAAUUACCGAUUGUGCACGUUGUGUUUGUUAUGUUGGAAUUUUAUGCAUAUAAACGUUGGCUGUUUCUUAUAAACAUUUAAUUUUCUUAUCAGUUGGAAUUCAGAACAAAGAAGAAAAUGGCAGUUAGCUUGGAAGAAUAUUUCAGGACGACUUUUGAGGAUAAACUCCUCGUGAAGAUGCCAGAGAGGGAGGAUGACCAUCUUACUCCUGCUACCAGGCUUCUUGAAAAGAGGAGAGAAAUGUCUGAAGUGGAACAAGCACUGGCAGCGCAGAAAGAGGAGUUUCAAAUGAAAAUGGAGAGUCUACAACAGAGAAGGGAAGAGCUUGAAAGAAAGGAAUAUCAACUAAAAGAAUCACUCCUCAAGUUUGAUAAAUUCUUAAAGGAAAAUGAUUCUAAACGUGGGAGAGCAGUAAAGAAGGCACAUGAUGAAAGAGACUUAAAGAAAACCAAAGACAAAGAAAUAGGAAGAUUGAUGGAAGAAAAGGGUGAUCUCCAGGGUCAGAAAGAUAAACUCUUGCAGCGUCUCAAUAAACAUAAACUCUUCCAUCGCUUCCUGGAAAGAACGCUAGAAUCAGCUGAGGAAUUUCAUGAAAUCCGAGAAGUCAUAGCCAGACACGAGACUUUAGUUGCAACACACAGAGAUCUUGUAGAGAAAGCAAACCGCACUCAGGACGCAGUGGAGAAAGAGAAGGCCAGACUGGGAAAGUUCACCGAGGAGAAAAACAAUGAAAUACUACAUUACAACAAUCAGCUAGCAACAUUACAGACUCAGUUAGAUACGGCUCAAAGUGAAGCAGUCAAAUGGGAAUCGGUCUGGACCCACAUCAAAAACACAGCUGCCAAGAAAACACUGCUUCUAGGGAGAAUAAAAAUGGCAACCCACAAUUUAUUCCAGCUUGUCAGCAGACAUGCUAAGACAUCAUCAUUGGGAACAGAAAACACAUUAGAGCAGCUAACAAAGAUCCAGACAUUUAUCAUGGACCUAACUCAGAUCACGACAGAGAUCAAGAGAGCAGAAGUCGCCGCUACGUCAGGAGCAGUAUCCUCAAACCCAUAAACUAAAACAAUUCAUUUUUAUUUCUGUAUAUAUGUAAAGUCUGUUAUUAAUAUGGAUUUAAUGUACAUGUAUAAAACUGUACAGUGUAUAAUAUAGCAUUAACUACAUGUAUUAUAAUAUUUAAUAUCUAUUUAUAUGAUUAUUAUGAUUUAGAGUUUACUUUUUUCACCUUAGAUGGGAGUCUCAGGAUUAGUUGUGUUUUUUUAAGGUCAUAUAAGAUUGCUUACAAUUAUUAUUAUUAUUUCAAUUACAAUUUUGAAACACUACCCUUUUUCCUUCCCCAUCUUCUUUAAGAGAUAUUGUCUUCAGCUGUCCUUGAGAUUUAGAUUAUAAUUAGGCUGAUCCUAAGUUGUAAAAAAGUGGGAACUGGCAAAGGCACUUUCCAUAGAAACAUAGCGAUUGUUUGUCAUUGAACUGGCUGGAUGAGAAACAUUAUUGUCUCCAUGGAACCUGAAGACAAUAUUGCUUGCAGAGAAGGUUUUAUCUUCCCUUUGUUUUUUUUUUCAGGACAUUUGUUCAAGUUUAGAGAAUUUUUUUUUUUACAAAAUUCAUUAUAUGCUAUUGUAUGCUAUGUCCAUCAUGAGUAUUUUAAUUUUUCUUUCCACUGCCCCCAACCAUUAUUAAAAUAUGGUUCAGUCAGGUUUUUUUCAGUGACAACGAUGAGCUAGGCUUAUAUUAGUAUGUUUAAGUAAAACCCUUUCUUGCCAUUUUGUUUCUUCACAAUUUCUGAACCAUAUGGUUCAAAUUUUGAUUGAUUGAAUUUACCGGUACUGAGAUUUUUCAAUAUGUAUGAUGUCUCAAUGGAAUUUAGAAUGCCACCAAUUUGUUUCUGUCUUCUUUACAUCACUUCAAAAAAAACCAUUUUGAUUCAAAUAUGCCUUUAAAUUUUCAGUCUUCCCCUACUAUUUAAAGGUAUGUGAUCCUUUAAAUGAGCUUUUUCAUUGAAUUUGUCAUGUUUCAAAUCAUUAAGAAAAAUUAUAAUCAAGUCAGUGAUUGGUACUAUUUUUUUGUGGUUUUACAGUAUUGAAGGAAAUGUGCCAUUUCUGUAAAUAAGAAGAGUCUUAUAUUUGAUUUAAUGCAUGUUUGUAUUGAUAGUCUAAAAUGAUAUUACAUGUAAUUUGCCAAUUGCUAGCUUGUAAUGUAGUAACAGUGCAUUUUGUUCCCCUGUACAGUAAUUUUGAACUCAUUUAAUGGAUUCAUUUGAAAGCAUGAGUAGGAUGGUUUUCUUCUCUUAUUUUUUCAUUGAAGUAUCUUGAGCAUAUUCAGAGUUAUUUCGAUACAUCAUUUUCAGAAAUUGUUUUAGUUUAACAUUGAACCCUACUGUGUAGAUAACAGUCAAACCGAUCUCUUCUUCCCGAUAGCCCUUCGCCCCACCCUUUUCAUGUAACUUGUCAUCAGUUUUACAAGAAAAGUGAAAAAGCUAACGUACAUGUAGAUAGGGGCAUUAGAAUCGCUGAUAGAAAGUUUAUCUUGGAAAUGUACUUGGCAGUUUAUGUUAAAUGAAAACGUGUUUCACAAAUAUUGUGUUUGAUAUCAAAUACCAGAUCCUGGUGACAAAUUUGCUUUUAACCAAUCAUAUUAUUGAACCAUUUCCAUGUCUUGUAACAGUAGCUUAUCAUCCUGUGCUGAUAGUGAGUGUUAUCAACCAGAACCAAGGAAUUUUAAAUCUUACAAGUGUCAAAUUAUUGUCAGACAGUGGUAUGAUACAUAGAUGUGUGAAGGAUUUUAUGCUUUAGGUUAUCCAAUAUUCAUCAUCAUUACCCCCUCACUAUCUAUCUCUGUUUGUCUUGCUCUGUCCAGCUCUGUCUUUCUUUGUCUUUCUUUGUCUAUCUGUGUCUUUUUCUGCCUCCGUCUGUCAGUAUUCUCUCUUGGUCUUUGCCCCUUCCCUCCCCUUCUUCUCUCUAGUCUCUGCAUCUGCCUUUCUGUCUUCUUCUGCAUUCUUCUGUCUCCUUCUUUUUCUCUAUCUGUCUGUCUCUCUCUCUCCCCUCUCUGUCCCUCCCCCUUUUGUCACUCAAUCGGAUGUAAUGUUAAUCGAUUUGUUACUCUAGUGCAUACUAUAUCAUGCAUGUACUUUUAUCUUUGUUGCUAUUGCAAUUCUGAUCAUCUCUGUUAUUGUUUUUUCCUUUACCUUUCUUCAUUCUCUCUGCAUCAUCCUUUAUUUCAGCAUCACGAUGGCUUAACCCUUUUUCCAUUGUCCGAAUACUUCUGAAACUGCGGCUCAUGUUCUUACAGUUGUAGCUCUUCUGGUGGGGGGGGGGGGGGGGGAUUUGGAAGUUUUGCAUUCUAGUUUAUUAAUGGUGAUUGUGCACAUUGGAAUAUGUUAUCUUUAGAUGGAAGGGACUAUAAAAAUGCCUUUUAAAAAUUAUUGUUUAUGUAUGAGGUCAAGUUAUAGUACUACAUGAAUGUCAUUUUGCAUGGCUGCCAUUAAAAAUAUGUGUAUUACUACUAUCUAGAUUAAGAUGAAAGAAAUGUGGUAUAAAAAUGUUAGAGAUGGCCAAGGGUGGAUAAGAAGUAAAAUGGGAAAUAUUUGUAUAUCGGUUUGGAGAUAAAGCCUACCCAUGGCAAAGAAAUUUAUUUUGUCUUUUUAUAGAUAUUCAUAUUUUGAAAUUAAAUGUUUUUUUAUAAGAUGGGGUGCAAUGAUAUUUUCAGAAUAAUGGUGACUGGAUUAAUUGAUUAUUGUUGAAAUGUAUGAGCCGUCCACCGUUUACGAUCAGAAACGCAUCUUACCAAUGUUGUACCAAAGUGUAGACAAGGAAAUAAAAACUAUAUUCAUGUGUAAUCAGAAAUGUAUUGUCGCAGUGAAAAUGAUCAUUGAUAAAAUCUUCAAUGAAUAUCUUGAAUACGAUUGU